GCGAAUUGCAUGAUGGUCUAUCUCGUUCACGUUCCUACAAACCAAGAUGGCGUCGGUAGGCAGUCGGGCCGCCAGCAAACUGUCCUUGGGACAAAAAGUUUCUGCGGCGUUCAGAGAGUGGUACAUCUACGCUUGUGGCUACAGACAAAUAGGUCUCAAGAGAGAGGAUCUCAUCAUUGAAGAUAGUGAUGUUACUGAGGCUGUCCGACGUAUUCCAGAGGAAGAGCGUAACCUCCGAAACUUCCGUAUUGUCAGAGCAAUUGACACUACCAUGAAAAUGAAAUGGCUUCCUGAGGAAUUGUGGACAAAACCCAGCGAGGAUGUGCCAUAUCUUGACCCAGUUAUCCAGAAAGUCAAAGCGGAGCGCAAGGAGAGAGAAUUGUGGGACAAACAGUAGUACAGAGUUUAAUUUUCUUAUUUCUUUAACUUUAGUUUGGACAUGUACCUUUGUAAAUGUAAGGUUUUCACAACAAUCUUAAGAGUGGAAUAAUUUUUCUUUGUGAAAUAAAAUAAAAAAUUAAUGGA